AGAUGAAACCUUUCGUUGUAAAUUCUCUGCCAUAUCCUGCAUUCCGAAAAUUUCUUCAACACUUGGAUAUUGAUGAAGUAAUCAAACUAGCACGUGUGUCUCAUAAAACUCAACUGAAAGUAAAACGAAUCAAUCGAAAAGUGUUUAAACUCAUUCUGGAUAACCGCGUUUUUGAAAAAAAUGGUGGACCAGCCCGAAUUGAACGCCUGUCUCGACAUGUUAUGAUAAUUGAAACAAGUGAUGAAGUUAUUAAUGCUUACGAAGCGAUGAACAAUUAUUUAGCAAAGUACUAUCCAGCACAUAAAUGGAGUCAUUCUAUUUGUCACCAUAGUUUCUGGAUUGAUGAAUUGAGGAGACUAGUCAACUUUCGCACAGAUCCACACACGUACUAUAAUUUCAAUUUUAUUCCAUAUGAUGAACCAAAGCAACUUAUGAAAGUUAUGACUUUCUUGAAUGAAACACUUUCCAUUGAUCAUGUGGAAAUUAUGAUGGAUCACGAUAAACUUUUCGGAGAUUACAAGUGUAUUUUGGAAAGUCCAUUGCUUCGAAAAUGUAACAGUUUGGAGAUUCUUGGAAGAAACUUGCGCCUUUGGACAUACCAACUGAAAUUAUUAUUAGAAAAGAUUCAACCAACGCACAGAUUGUCAAUUGAGUGCAUGUUAAGUUCUCAUUUCAAUAAAGAACUUACCUUCAAUAUUCCAUAUUUGGAACUUUUCAACCUUACACAACUGGGACUUCAUGAAGUUCAGAAUAUGAAUUGUGAACUGAUAAGACUGCGCCGCGCCGUACACCACUUGAAGCUAAACAAAUCAAUACAUUACUCAAAUAUUGGCUAG